AUGCCCGAUUUACUAACGCCGGGUUUUACGAAAGCCCGACGCGAUACCAGAGACGGGACUCGCGCAAGUGAAGAUUGGGGUGUCUACGAUGACGCCAAAACGUAUUACACUUCCGACGCUCGGCACGGUGGUAGAUCGCACAGACGCAACCGUACAUACUCUCAAAAUGGUAUCAUUCAAGAGAUUGAACGUAUGGGACUGCAUGAACCACAUAGGCGGGGUAGCCAUGAUGAAUCAACUAGGCCACACUCCCGCCAAUUCCUCGUUGAUGUUGACCACACACUAGAAAGCUUACAGGCACAGGAAGAUACAGAUGGCAACAUGCAAAUUACGAUUGAGGAUGCUGGUCCCAAGGUCAUGCCUCUUCGAACUGCUGCAUCCGGUGGCCAUAAUCGAUUUGAUAUCCGGGGCACAUACAUGCUUUCAAACCUUCUCCAGGAGUUAUACAUGGCAAAAGAAUUUGGGCGGAAGCGGAUCAUCCUUGACAUCGGUCGCCUUAACGAGAACCCAGUUAGCAGACUAUCGAGGUUGAUUAAGAAUCAGUUCUGGGAUGGGUUAACUCGUCGCAUCGACGCUUCAAGCAUUGAAAUCGCAGCAAAGGAUCCUAAAGAUUGGACAUCCGAUCCGCGACCACGCAUAUAUAUUCCGCCAGAGACCCCAGAGCAAUACGAAUACUACCAAAAACUUGCCGCUGAGCGACCCGAGAUGCGGCUAGAUGUUUUGUACCUCCCGGAGAAGAUCACUCCCGAAGUGGUCCGAGACAUGAACGAUAAGCCUGGGCUUCUCGCUCUUGCCAUGGAGGAAGUGAAGGAUCCUAAAACCGGAGAAAAAACGCUACGCGGGCUCCCAUUUGUGGUUCCCGGGGGAAGAUUCAAUGAAUUGUACGGCUGGGAUAGCUAUAUGGAAUCCCUCGGGCUUUUAGUUAAUGAUAAGGUAUACCUAGCGAAGUCGAUGGUACAGAAUUUCUGCUUCUCUAUUCAACACUACGGCAAGAUCCUUAACGCAACCAGAUCAUACUAUCUGCUGCGCUCACAGCCACCUUUCUUGACAGAUAUGGCCCUCCGGGUGUAUGAGAAAAUCCAGCACGAACCUGGCGCGCUUGAUUUUCUUCGGACGGCCUUCCUUGCUGCAAUCAAGGAGUAUUAUUGUGUAUGGACGGCGGAACCGCGUUUGGACCCCAAGACUGGUCUUUCGAGAUACCGACCGGAAGGGUUAGGUGUGCCGCCUGAGACGGAGGCUUCUCAUUUCGUUCAUAUCCUCGAGCCUUAUGCCGAGAAAUAUAACAUGACCUUCGAACAAUUCGUUAGAGCGUACAACUACCAAGAGAUCCACGAACCAGAACUAGACGAGUACUUCCUUCACGACAGGGCAGUCCGAGAAUCUGGCCACGAUACGUCGUACAGGCUGGAAAAAGUCUGCGCUAACCUUGCGACCAUUGAUCUUAACUCGUUGUUAUAUAAAUAUGAGAUGGAUAUCGCCCGCACCAUCCGAAACGUCUUUGGCGACAAGCUAGAAAUUCCUGCUGAGUGGUGUGGCGGUAAUAUGGUGCCCGGCCAGAUUGAAACGUCGGCCAUCUGGGACCGUCGCUGGAAGAGACGACGUGCAGCCAUCCAUAAAUACAACUGGAACGAAGAAAAGGGCAUGUACUUUGACUACGACACAGUGAAGCAGCAGCAAUGUACCUACGAGUCAUGCACGACGUUCUGGCCUCUCUGGGCAGGCAUCCCGGAUCCCGAGCGCGCGGCCAAGGUAGUCAAGUGCGCUGUGCCUAAAUUCGAAGCCUACGGGGGACUCCUAUCUGGAACGGAAGAAUCCCGCGGUGCUGUCAGCAUCGAGCGUCCGAACCGGCAGUGGGAUUAUCCCUACGGCUGGGCGCCUCAACAGAUUCUGGCUUGGACAGGACUGUACCGCUACGGCUACGCGGACCUCGCACAGAAGCUGGCAUACAAGUGGCUAUUCAUGGUUACCAAGGCGUUCUUCGACUUCAACGGCGUGGUGGUGGAAAAGUACGAUGUCACAAGGCCAGUCGACCCGCACCGUGUGGAUGCCGAAUACGGAAACCAGGGGCUCGACUUUAAGGGGGUUGCUAAAGAAGGGUUCGGCUGGGUCAAUGCUAGCUAUGUUUACGGCUUGCAAUUUAUUAACACAGAGAUGAAGAGAGCUCUGGGCACCCUAACACCCUAUGAGACGUAUGAAAGAGCUCAGCAGAUCAAAGAGGAGAAGCUGCUCCAAGAACUAGUAUGA